AUGGCUUCUCCGUUGGUAUCUGAGAAGCAGCAGGUCCGUAACAGCAUUGACUCAUUAUCGGGCGACAGAACCGCGGCUGCGACACCGGACGCCAACACGCUCCGAGACGACAAGCACAUCCCUGACGACUCGAGCUUAUCCCACGGCCCAUCAAGCAGAGACGACUCCAGCGACGACAACGGCGAUGAUCUCGCGCCGCAACAAUCCAAUGCUUCCUCAGUAUGGGCUGUCGACACAAUGUCGUUCCCUAGAGAAGCUUUGUUCGUGAUUAUUUGCUGCAUGGCCCAGUUUUGUACUCAGGCCGCGUACAUGGAAACCCUCAUGCUCCUCCACGUCAUCGGCGACUCCUUUCACGUAGACAACCCAGCCCGCCUAGCCUGGCUCGUCGCCGGCUACUCCCUCACCGUCGGCACCUUCAUCCUCUUCUCGGGCCGCCUCGGCGACGCCUUUGGCUACAAGCGCAUACUCAUCAUCGGCUUCGCCUGGUUCUCCCUCUGGUCCCUCAUCGCCGGCCUCAGCGUCUACUCCAACUUCACCCUCGCUGUCUUCUCCCGCGUCCUCCAGGGCAUCGGCCCGGCUCUCUGCCUCCCCAACGCCCUCGCCCUCUUCGGUUCAGCGUACCCGCCGGGCCACCGCAAGGCCAUGGUCUUCUCCUUCUUUGGCGCCGUUGCGCCCAUGGGUGGCGUCGUCGGGGCCGCUAUCGCGUCGACGCUCGAGCUGGAGUGGUGGCCCUGGGCCAUGUGGGCGCUCUCCAUCUGGCUCGCGAUUCUGGCUGUGGCUGGGUAUUUCAUCAUCCCCGAGCCAGCCGCCAAGCUGCGACCUCCGACGAACUUCAAAAGCAUGUUUGUCGAGCUCGACAUCCCCGGCGCCGUCACGGGCAUCGUGGCGCUGAUCCUCUUCAACUUUGCCUGGAACCAGGCGCCCAUUGACGGCUGGAAGACGCCCACGGUCCUCGUCCCGCUCAUCCUCGGCCUCGUCCUGUUCGGUGUCUUCACCGCCAUCGAGUUCAAGUACGCUGAGAAGCCCCUGCUGCCCUUUGACGCGGUCAACGCCGACGUCGCGUUCGUGCUGGCGGCCGUCGUCUGCGGCUGGGCGACGUUUGGCGUGUGGACGCUCUACCUCGUGCAGAUCCUGCAGGAGAUCCGGACGCUGUCGCCGCUGCUCAGCUGCGCGUGGUUCUCGCCAGUCGUGGUGACGGGUGGUAUCGCGGCCGUCAUCACGGGGAAGCUGCUCGGUCCGCUCAAGGUGCGGCCGCCUGUCGUCAUGACCAUGGCGCUCCUCGCGUUCACUAUCGGUGUCAUUCUCACUGCGACGGCGCCCGAGAACCAGGUCUACUGGGCACAGAUCUUUGUGUCCAUGAUUAUCAUGCCGUUUGGGAUGGACAUGAGUUUCCCGGCCGCGACGCUGAUUCUGUCGAAUGCCGUGAAGAAGGAGCACCAGGGUAUCGGGGCCAGUCUGGUCAACACCGUCGUCAACUACGGCAUCGCGCUUGGGGUUGGGUUUGCGGGUACUGUAGAGGUGCACGUCGGCAAGGGCACCGGGACCAAGCAAGAGCAGUUCAAGGGGUUCCGGGGCGCGUUGUAUAUGGGCGUUGGACUCGCUGGGCUGGGAUUGUGCGUGGCGUUGACGUUUCUGGCGAGGGAGUGGCGGCAUCGGAAGGGCGCACGGGGGAACGAAGAGAAAGCUGCCGAGGCGCAGACGGGGAGCUCAUGA